UUAUAACUUGAAAGAAAUAGAUGGUUUUGUUGUCUCUAGUGGUCGUUUCUUUUCUUUUCUUUAUGUGUAGUAGAGUAAUUCUAAAACAAACAAAAAAAAAGAUAUUACCUGCACGUGUGAUACUUUAGAUUUCUUUGCUUCUUGUAGUACAUUUGUAUUUUCCUUCUAUUGUCUGACAAGCGUUAGAGGUCAAGUAACUUCUGAUCACCAGUCACGCCAUAAACUCAACUGAUUUCUGUUAUUGCUGAUAAUCUGCUGCCAUUUGUCCUGAACAUCCACGUGCAGAUUGCAGGUUGGUGCUAUUCCAUUUCCAUCCAUUUGAUUCUUCACCUUUUGGUUUUUUUUUUUUUUGGUUUUUGUCUGUUCUGGAUUGCAGGUGACGGUGGUUGUUGAGCUCAACUGUGAAAUUCACAUUGCACAUUAUUCGAAAAUAAUAAAAAAAACAUUAAGAGUGAAAUUUGUUUGGAUUUUUAUUUGGAAUCAAUGCAAAGGAGGCGUGUUAGCAAACAGAAGUACAGUUCAACCUCCCACCCCUAACCCCAAUCCACCCACCCCUCCUUCAGGCAGAGGUACAUGUGACCCAGCGUGGAAUGAGGAAGCCCGAGCGACCACAUGAGCUCUGUCGCUGCCGAGCCACCACACGAGUAACAGGCUCCCCGUGGAAAGAGGUGAAACAAAGCUUCAACUGUCCUGGAUGCUUCGGCUUUUAUUUUGAAAGUCUGCACUUCAUUUAUUUUCUUUGAAGCACAACUGCACACGAAAACCUGUUGAUUCAUUGAAUGUUUUUCUUGUUCAGCAGGAUCAUGUCCCCCGCUCCAACAGAUGCUACGGAGUACAAACCCCCGGAUGGGGGGUGGGGAUGGGUGGUGGUGGUUGGGGCCCAUAUUUCCAUUGGAUUUGCUUACUCUACUCCUAAAGCUCUGUCCAUCUUCUUCAAGGACAUUCAAGAGGAUUUGGGGGCCAGCUACAGUGAAAUAGCAUGGAUCUCCUCCAUAAUGCUGGCUGUCAUGUAUGCAGGCGGACCAGUGAGCAGUGUGCUGGUCAAACGCUUUGGAAGCCGACCCAUAGUCAUCGUUGGUGGACUGAUGUGUGGGGUUUCCAUGGUUACCGCUUCUUUUGGAAGGUCCAUUGUUUACCUCUACUUGAGCAUCGGCAUCAUUGGAGGUUGUGGACUCUGCUUUAACCUGAAUGCAUCUCUCACCAUCAUCAGUAAAUAUUUUUUAACCAAGCGGCCAUUAGCGAAUGGACUCGCCAUGGCGGGAAGUCCCGUUUUCCUCUGUUUUCUCGCCCCUCUCAACCAAUUCCUCUUGGGAGACUUUGGGUGGAGGGGAAGCCUGCUGAUACUGGGGGGGAUGAUGCUCAACUGUUGCGUUGCAGGGGCACUAAUGAGACCCGUGACUCUACCUUGCAACCCUGCAGUACAGAAGAAUACGGAAAAGACAAGCAAACACAACGUGAGCAAAAAAGGAAGGUGCCGAAGCAACGCCAGGAAGUUCCUGGAUUUGUCCUUUUUUAAAGACAGGGGCUUCAUCAUUUACCUGAUAGGUAACACAAUGUUCAUCUUUGGUGCCUAUGCGCCUAUAGUGUUCUUGUCAGCUUAUGCAGUCAGCCAAGGUGUGGAGGAGUAUUCUGCAGCCUAUCUGCUCUCCAUCAUGGGCUUUGUUGACAUGUUUGUCCGUCCUGGCACCGGUUUGAUAGCCAACAGCAAGUGGAUCAGACCAAGAAUCCAGUACUUCUUUGGCUUUGCCAUGGUUUUCAAUGGCGCGUGCCAUUUACUUUGCCCUAUGAUGAAGAGCUAUGCCUUCCUCGUGGGCUAUGCCGUAUUUUUUGGCAUAGGCUUUGGCAUGGUGUUUGCCCUUAUUUUUGAAUGCCUAAUGGACCUGAUGGGAAAUCAACGCUUUCCUAGUGCUGUUGGACUGGUCACCAUCAUAGAGUGCUUCCCUAUGCUAUUAGGACCACCGACUGCAGGGUUACUGGUUGACAUCUUCCAGGACUACAAGUACCUUUUCUUUAUGUGUGGCGCCGUGAUCAUGAGCGGCGGGCUGUUCCUUAUUAUUAUGAACAUCUACCACUACCAUAUGCUGGAAAAAGAGAAGGCAGAGCACAACGGGGCACCAAGCCAAAACGUGGAGAACCAGGACGGGGUGAGCCUAUCGGAGGCACAGAGGGAGUCGACAACACAGACCAACGGAGAUCCACAAGAUCCCUCACCUGAUGACUCUGAACCAGACGUAACUGAUCACUUCUAGAGUCCACACUCUUAUUAAACUUUGUGGUGAGAAAAGGAGAGCUCAGAAAUCCCUCCUUUCUUGUCCUUGAACUUACUUCCUUGACCAAAGUCAGUUCAAAACCAGUCUGAACAAAUUGUUUUUAAAUGUUUGAAUAUUCCAGCCUGUAUAGGUACCUAUUAUUUAAUUAUGUGCUCUAAUAAUGUUAAAAAACAAAAGUUUAAGAAGUAUCUACCAUCAUUUUCUCACACAGUCUGAUUUGUGGUUUGUCUUCACCUCAAAGGUUAUCAGGAGGAAACAGUGUUUAAUGAAAGCGGCUCAGGCGCUGAACUGUCUGUCUGUUGCCUCAUAUAAAGGACCGCUGUGGUGUUUGCACUGUAUUUCUGUCAGUGUCUCUGGAUGUUUGCAUUUCAUUGUAUCUCCAAACUCACCAGAAAUCCUGAAGGACGUGAAGCCCAGAGAGUGUUUGCACAAAUGCUGGACUUUUUCUGCAGUGAGAUCUCUGUUACGAUGUUCUUUCUUGCAAAUUUGAACUUAAAGCAAUCUGUGAAAACAAUGCAUAUAGUGAAAAACCUCAGGGGAAAGCUGUGAUAUAAAGAAUUUUGUAUUUGUAGGGUGCUUGUUGUGAAAUAAAAAAAAAUCCAUCAUUGUUCUUUCUUUUUUUGAUAAUGUUAUUUUUUCCUAAUUAAUUUUUAUUACUUUAGUGAUUCUAGAAUUAUUUUG